AGGAGCUGCCCUGGGAGGAGGGACCCAGCGCUGCAUCCCCGGAUAAUGCCCGAUCUCCUCAGCCUGCUGCUGGCCGCGCUGUGCCUUUUCCUGGCCGGGUGGCUGCUGCGGAACCAGCGCUGUCCCGCGGCCCCGCCGGGCCGCAGCUGCAGCCGCUACUCGGCCCCGGGGACUUGCUUCCAGCUGAAGAAAUGGGCCAUGUGGGGGGUUGUCUCCCUCGCGUUCCGCCAGCGCCGGAGAGCGAGCGGCGCCGCCCGACGGGCGCAGACAGACACCGGAGCCUGCCGUGGGGCGGAGGAGCGGGAGCGGCUGCAGGGGCUGGUCUGCAAUGCCCAUGCCCUGGAUUCAGUUUACUUCACUGGGUUUACAGAAACUGACAAGACUUUUGUGAUCACUCGUCUAGGAAGACGUCCGAAUGGGCUCUGUGAAAUGUGGCUCUUUCUCCGCGUGGACGGAAUUGGAGAGUUUAAACACCCAGUACAUCCGGACAUGAUGGUGAGUGAUGAAUCUGAAACAUGCUGGCGUGGCGGAGGGCUGAUGAUUGAGUGCUUACAGCCACACAGAUGCUGGAAAAUAAAAUUCAAUGGACGACUCAGAAAAAGACCGUAUCGGCAUCAGUGGAAUGAAGAAGAGGGCGAACUUGUCCAUGUUAAAUUCUCUUUCCACUGGACUUCCUUUUCAGAUAUAUUUGACUUUAAUCUUGACAGUCACCCGAAAGCGUUUGCACAUGCCAUUGCUUUGGAAAAGUGGAGUGCAGAGUUCUUCCGGAGAGUCAAAGAAGAUGGGGAACAACAUUCUCGUUAUGAACAAUGGGGCCAGUCUAUAGGAGAAAUUGAAAUUGAAGGUCAUGGGAAGAAAGAGGUCUCUCUGAGAGGCGUUCGGAGCCACUCGUACGGCAUCCGAAACUGGGCUGAGAUUUACCGAUAUGUCAUGAUUUUGAUGCAUUGUGAGGAUGGGACGUCAGCGCACUUAACUAUUAUUUGUAUACCAGCAACUACAACACAUCUCGCUGUAGGUUAUGUUCUUUUCCCCGAUGGGAAGAAGGCUGGCAUUGACUGGUCCAGUGCCUCCCUGGCUGAAAUGGCGGAUGAUGGUUGUAUCAGAGAUUUAUACCAAGUCAGUUUCACUGCAGGUGGCCAGUUGUUUGAGGUUUGUGCUACGCUGGACAAGCAGGCUCGCCCUGUGGUAUAUAAUGGUUUAACCGGAACAGGCAUAUUCCAUGAGUGCAUUGCUGAUUUCCAACUGAAUCGGACAGUUCCAGGCUGGGGCUUGGUUGAAUUUUAUUACAGAGAUGCAACUGGACAGCUUAUUCCUAAUUUUGGCUCUACGUUGAAGGAGCCAUCCGUUCCUGCCAGCUCCCAGUCCACUGAAGAGCACUCUCAAUAUACCAAGGACGUGGGCGGCAAAGGAGCUCAGCUAGAUCAGCUCACAUAGUUACAAGAGCAGCUCAGGAACAAAGUGGACCCCAUCUCUGCUUAGCAGUCCUUCUUCCUGGA